AGGGCCGGGGGACCCCCGGCUCCCGAAUAGCCAUGUCCGGAGCAGAGGCGGCGGCCGCGGCCGAGCCCCAGGAAGCCGGCGCCCGUGCAAAAUCCUUGAGCCCUCGCCACAUCCCGGUGAUCGGAGUGGUGGCGGAGGAUGAGGACUCGCAGGCUACUUUCAAAUCUAUGGACCUGAAUCGUAUCAUCAAACUCCUUGAAGAGACUGAUGGAGUAAGUGGUGAAGUAGAAGAAAAACAACUUACAUCUGUCAAGAAAUUGGUGCAGUGUUAUCAGAAUGGACUUCCCCUAAGAGAUUUAGCCCAAAUAUUUAAACUUCUUAAUCUGUGUGCAAGAAAAAUUGAAAACCAGCCUGUUUUUAUAGAAUCUGCUUAUAGUAUUUUAAAAUUAUGUGGCUUGCCGUUUUUGAAAAAGAAAGCAUCGGAUGAGAUAACAUAUGCUGAAGAAACUGCCAAGUCAAUAGGACUUCUGGGUGACUUAAUGCAAAUACCAAGUUCUGAAUUGAGGAUACAGAUUUGUAAGUGUAUUGUUGACUUUUAUCAUGCAGAACCACCAAAGAAGCAUAUUCCAGGUUACCAGCAAGCUAGUUCAUCAUAUAAGAUUAAAAUGGCUGAAAUUGGAGGAUUGGCAAAAUCUAUGGUCGAGUCACUGACCUUGCUUGAAAAUCAACUUGUUGAGAAACUUUGGGUACUUAAAGCUCUUCAACAUCUUUCAACUUCUGAAGUUAAUUGUACUUUAAUGAUGAAAGCACAAGCAGCCAGUGGGAUCUGUGCUCACCUCAAUGACCCAGAUCCUUCUGGACAGCUCCUAUUUCGUUCAUCAGAAAUACUUUGGAACUUACUGGAAAAAUCUUCAAAAGAAGAAGUCAUAGAACAGCUUAGUAACUUGGAAUGUUUGCUGGCUUUGAAGGAAGUAUUUAAAAACCUUUUUAUGAGAGGUUUUAGUCAUUAUGAUCGUCAACUUAGAAAUGAUAUACUAGUGAUCACUACAAUUAUAGCUCAAAAUAGUGGAGCACCAAUGAUUGAAAGUGGCUUUACCAGGGACUUGGUACUGUUUGCAACUUUUAAUGAAGUUAAAAGUCAAGAUCCUUUGGUGAAAGGUCUUAAGCUUUCUAAUUCCUAUGAAGAUUUUGAGUUGAAGAAAUUGUUAUUCAAUAUAAUCGUGAUCUUAUGUAAAGAUUUAUCAACUGUACAGUUACUAAUUGAAGGCAAAGUUAUUCAGGCUUUGUUCACCUAUGUUAAAAAACCAGAGAAACUCAAAAUAAUUGAAUGGUCUGCUACCCAGUAUGAAGAAUUACAGUUGCAUGCGAUUGCCACCUUGUCAUCUGUGGCUCCUUUAUUAAUAUCAGAGUAUAUGGCAUGCCAAGGAAAUGCUCGAGUUCUUGCAUUUCUAGAUUGGUGUGACAGUGAAGAUCCCUUCUUUAGCCAUGGUAACAGUUUUCACGGUUCAGGUGGCCGAGGCACCAAGUUUGCCCAGAUGCGUUAUACUUUAAGACUCCUGAGAGCCAUGGUCUACCUUGAGGAUGACACUAUAAACAGUGAUCUUUGUGAAAAGAGAAUAAUUCAGCAACUGAUAGGAAUCUUUAAAAAUACAAUAAACAAGCCUCAUGAUAAGGAUGAGGCCAUUGUUUUGGAAAUUCAAUCUGAUAUAUUUCUUAUCUUAUCUGGUCUUUGUGAGCAUCAUCUUUCUAGAAAGGAAAUUUUUGGAACUGAAGGAGUGGAUAUAAUUCUACAUGUAAUGAAAAUAGACCCUAAGAAAUUACAGAGCGGAUUGGGUUAUAAUGUACUUCUUUUUGCUACACUGGACAGCAUUUGGUGCUGCAUUUUGGGAUGUUAUUCCUCAGAGGAUUACUUUCUUGAAAAAGAAGGCAUUUUUCUUAUUUUGGACUUAUUGGCAUUGAGCCAAAAAAAGUUCUGUAAUCUAAUACUUGGAAUAAUGGUUGAAUUUUGUGAUAAUCCUAAGACUACAGCUCAUGUCAAAGCUUGGCGAGGAAAGAAGGAUCUGACAGCUGCUAGUCUUUUAAUUAAAUUAUGGAGAAAGGAAGAAAAAGAACUAGGAGUAAAACGUGAUAAAUAUGGGAAGAUCAUUGAUACAAAGAAACCCCUAUUUACCAGUUUUCAAGAAGAGCAGAAACUCUUGCCACAGCCUGCCAACUGCCCCACUUUAGCUGUUAUGGAUGUUGCUGAGAAUAUCAGAGCAAAAAUUUAUGCUGUGUUGGGAAAAUUAGAUUUUGAAAAUUUACCUGGCCUAACAGCUGAAGAUUUUGUUACCCUCUGUAUCAUACAUAGAUAUCUUGAUUUUAAAAUUGGAGAAAUAUGGAAUGAAAUAUAUGAAGAAAUAAAAUUAGAAAAUUUGCGACCAAUCACUACAGAUAGAAAACUUUUGGAUUCCAUUACAACAGCAUCAGAAAAUAUUGGCAAGAUGGUUGCUACUCUGCAAAGUGAAAUGAUUGAAAGCCAACUACGCCAAGACAUGCAGAAUGAACAAAAAGUGUACUCAAAAAUACACGCCACACAUAAACAACGAGAAUUGGCUAAUAAAUCAUGGGAAAAUUUCGUGGCUAGAACAUCAAAUGCUAAAACGUUAAAGAAAGCAAAAAGACUCCAGGAAAAAGCUAUAGAAUCCUCUAGAUACAAUGAACGACCACCAAAUGCGGUAUUUCAUCGGACAGAUAUUAAAGGCCUUAACACAACAGUGCCCACUGGUCGGGUAGUCACAGUGGAAAGUACUCCUAACAGACUGCUGGGAGGUCCUCUGGCUGAUACAGACAUUGCCGUUAAGAAGCUGCCUAUUCGUGGAGGAGCCUUACAAAGGGUGAAAGGAGGGAAAACUGAGGAUGAACCAAAGAAGAAUGCUGCAACAUGAGUACUCUAUUUAAAAAUAAAUCCUGCUUAUAAUUUUUUAGUCAAAGAUAUCUUUGUAUACAAAAAUAAAGCAAAUAUUUUAGAAUGAAAGUUUUUAUAUUAUAAAAUAAAAGCAAACAUAGUUUAUUUUUAUUAAAAAUAUAAAUAUAUAGCCUAGAUAAGCUAUCACUGAUUUCUUUGGAAAGACUA